ACCCACGGCAAAACGUUUGCCUCGUCCUCAUAUAGCUACCGCGUCCGCGUGCGGGUGCGGUGCGCCUGAGAUUGCUUAACGUUGCCACUAUUGAAUUUCUGCUUCCUUCCCGUCGUUGCCUUCUCCUUCUCGUCUCCGAUCCCUAACUGCUCCAUCUCUCCCUCCCAUGGAGGGCCCCAAGGGAAACGGCGGCGAGAAGCACAGCGCGGACCAAAACCAUAGCCCCAAUACUCCCGCCGCAGCCGGGGCCGGAGGGGACGACGUGUCGGCCGCCGCGGCGGCCGCGGUAGGGAGGCGGCCGUUCACCGCCUUAAGCCAGGAGGAGGCCGACCUCGCCCUCGCGCGCGUCCUCCAGGAGCAGGAGCGGGCGUACAUGAUGCUGAGCGCGCACGGCGGGGACGGCAGCGAGUACGAUGCCUCGGACGCUGGGAGCUACGACUACUACGACGAGGAAGAGGAAGGGAUCGAAGGCGACGAGGGGAGCGAUUACGAGGAGGAGGGGGAUGAGGACGAGGAGGUGGGCGAAGCGGAGGGGCCCGAAUUGGACCCCGCGCGGUACGAGGACGACGAGGCGUAUGCGCGGGCCCUGCAGGAUGCCGAGGAGCGCGAGGUCGCCCAGCGGCUCAUGGCGCUCGCUGGGAUCACUGAUUUAGGGGAAGAGAUGGAGCAUGAUGUUGAAGAUGAGGAAGAUGGGGAUAGCGCACAGGAUGCAUGGGAAGAUGUUGAUCCAGACGAAUACUCGUAUGAGGAGCUGGUUGCAUUGGGUGAAGUGGUCGGUACGGAAAGCAGAGGUGUUUCUGCCAAUACUCUGGCUUCAUUGCCUUUAGUAACUUACCAAGCAGAAGAUAACCAAGACAGCAACAUGGAACAAUGUGUUAUUUGCCGUGUGGAAUUUGAGGAAGGUGAAUCAUUGGUUGCACUUCCUUGCAAGCAUUCAUAUCAUUCUGACUGCAUAAACCAGUGGCUGCAGUUAAACAAGCCAUUGCCAUGUUGCAGGUAUGCCCUAUGUGCAGUGCAGAAGUUUCUACCCCGGGUAACAACGAGCCAUGACAUUCUGUUGUGGUCGUAAUGAUGGGCGAAUAAUGGGAAGAAAUAGGGACAGCAUAUAUUUUCUGAUGCUGGUGAGAUUUAAGCACCGGAGCUGUUGUAUUGUCCAAAGAAACUAGCAAACAAGCCUCGAGUUCGUCUCUCUGCUUUUCAGCCCAGCAGACUCGGACACAUGUACUUCUGGACUUCACCGUGAUGCUGCUUUGUGUAUCCUGUUAGGGGCUCAUGGUCCAUGUAUGAUCCAUUGAUGUAAAAUAGCUUAAAUUUAUAGCCAUUCUUUGUUAGACGCUAGUUGCCCAUUGUGAUUUCGUGGAUGUAAAAUAAUUAUUAUAUUUAUAGUCAUUCUUUUACACUUGA